CUGUCUGUGUGGAUGGACCAUUUCAGAUUGUCAGUGUUGUGUACACAAAGGAACUUGACUGGCCCAGUCAAUGUGAAUGGGCAAAGAGGACCAGAUUGGAGUUAUGAUCUGAUUUGCAAAGGUAGGACAGAGGAGGGCAAAUACACAUGUAACCACACGUUGUCCACUGCAUUGUGCAAAUGCAUGCUGGGUAGCAUCAAACUCACCAGUUUUGAACAUCCAGAAUAGAUUCUAUUAUGCUCCUUCUCCUGUCUUGACAUUUUUAUCCAAAUCUGUGCUGGUCAACAGUGCCAAAUUAACAACUCUGCCAUUAGACAGGCUUGAUUGUAUUUACAGCUCUGAUCUGGAUGGUGGACUAGCCCAUGUAUUGGAUAUUUGUCAACGUUCAUUCCAGUGGUGUGGUGCUUGGGGUGGGGGAGGGGCUAAUGCCCCCCAAACCCUGAUUAUAUAAAUGUAUAGGAUGCAUAACUCUGCAACGCUUUAGGCUAGAAACAAGCUGUAAAAGGCACCAUAAAGAAGUGGCUCUAUUGUACAUGGGGAUAACUGUAUAAAUUGACAUUCAUUUAAUUUAGGGUGGAAGGUAAAACCAAAUAAUUGAUGGAUUUGGCUCUAAAUACUACAUCAUAAUGAGCAGCAGUAGUUCAGGUGUUUUAGUUUUUCCUCACUUGUUAUUAUGACAAAUCACGAUUUGGCAGGUGUUGGCGUCCUCCUCGUUCCAUCAUCUGUUAAGCUCUCCUCCUAACACGUAUGAACCCUGAACUAAAUCGAGUGGCUGACCAAUUACGUGAGACAUUAGUUCUUAACUCAGGUGAAAGAUGUUCAACUCCAAUGACUGCUCAACCAAAGUUUCUGAACAUAAGACGGGGCAUUACAAGUGUUAUCAGUUUUGACAUUUUGUAAAAACAAAUAUACCACUUCCAUCUGAAAGAUUUGGUAAAGUGAUUGAAAAUGUAGAAAGUAGUGAACGAUUACACACUUCAGGAAAAUGGAUGUAUUAUAAGGAUGCACCAAUCAAUCAGAGAUUUAGACUAAAGUAAUCAAAUGUUUGGUCUAAUGAUAUUCUAUGUACAAUACUUUCUGUGGUCACCAGGACAGAGCUAGCCCGUCCCCCUCCAACCUGCCAGAGUCCCCUGGUCACAACUCUCCUGGUAGCGCCUUACUGCUGGAUCUGAAGAGGGUGUCUGUGCGGCUGGUCGACUGCAGGAAAACACCAGGGCAGAGUGGAACUGUGAGAGAAGGACACAAGGAGGAAGGAUAUUUGAUUUCAUCAAGUGACACCCCUAACCGUCGUUCUCUCAGUGGGAGGAGCUUAUCAUCUGGGGAGCCUCAACAUGCUACUGACGUGACAGAGAAGAGCCUCUCCAGAUCAGAACACCUCAAGAAACACCAGCAGAGAUGUAGAGAGAAGAAACCUCACCACUGCUGCUCUGACUGUGGGAAGAGUUUCACUAGCCUGAGUGGCUUCAUUAUUCACCAGCGGAUUCACACCCGAGAGAAACCGUACUGCUGCUCUCAGUGUAGGAAGAGUUUCACCUGUGCAGGAGGUCUUAAAGUACACCAAAGAAUCCAUACGGGAGAGAAGCCUUACAGCUGCUCAGAAUGUGGGAAGUGUUUUACUGCUUCUAACGCCUUCAAAUAUCAUCUGCGAAUUCAUACAGGGGAGCGGCCUUACCCCUGCCUUGAUUGUGGAAAGAGCUUCAACCAGUCAUGCAACCUGAUGACACACAAGCUAACACACACUGGAGUGAAGCCUUAUAGCUGUGAUCAGUGUGGGAAGAGCUUCAAUCAGGCAGUCCACCUGACCACACACAAGCUAGCACACACUGGAGUGAAGCCUUAUAGCUGUGAUCAGUGUGGAAAGCGCUUUGCUGUAGCUUCCACCCUGAAUAGACACCAGGUAACACACACACGAGUUAAGCCUUAUAGCUGUGAUCAGUGUGGGAAGAGCUUUUCUGUAGUUUCCUCCCUGAUUAGACACCAGGCAACACACACUGGAGAGAGAACUUAUGUCUGUCUAUGUGGGAAGAGCUUUGCUUUAGCUUCCACCCUGACUACACAUCAGCGAACACACACUGGAGAGAAGCCUUAUAGCUGUGAUCAGUGUGGAAAGAGCUUUGCUGUAUCAGAAAAACUAACUAUACACCAGCGAACACACACAGGAGAAAAGCCUUAUAGCUGUGAUCAGUGUGGGAAGAGCUUCAGUCAAUCAGUACACCUGAAUACACACCAGCUAACACACACUGGAGAGAAACCUUACAGCUGUGAUCAUUGUGGAAAGAGCUUCAGUCAAUCAGUACACCUGAAUUCACACCAGCGAACACACACAGGAGAGAAACCUUACAGCUGUGAUCAUUGUGGUAAGAGUUUCAGUCAAUCAGGGAGCCUAAAUGCACACAAGCGAACACACACUGGAGAGAAACCCUAUGUCUGUUUUUGUGGGAAGAGCUUUGCUCAUUUAGGGCCAAUGAAAAAACACCAGAAAGCAAAAAUGUGCCAUAUUUCAUCUUCCGAUUCGACACCGGUUCCAGAUCCCUAAAUAAAGGAUCAAUAGAAAACAUCUAUUGAACAGUCAUAUCCAUCUCCCAUUCUUGCUCUGCUUUCUUAACACUAUCAACAAGGCAGGUCCUACAGGUCCUAGUUUUGUCGCACCUUGACUACUGUUCAGUCGUGUGGUGAGAUGUCACAA